GUAGAAUACAGAUCAUCUAUCUAUCCACCUAAUCCUCCCUUUUUUCCUAGAAGACGAAUGUCAAUGGUCAGCCAAGAUUGCUUCUCCAACAAUGCUGCUGCCGUUGCUUCUCUAGUCCUGCCGCAUUCCCAAUCCCCAAACCCACGCUCCAAUUCCACUACUUUCUUCCAUGACUUCAAGGCCAUUUGUCUCUCAGUUUCUAGGAAAUUCCCCAGCUUCACCACUUCUCGCCUCAACCGAAACCAUCAUUUCUCAUCAUUUCCAAUUUUAAUGGCCUCCGUAGGUGCACCAAGUGAAACAUUGGAGGCUUCAUCCUCAGGAAUUGUUGGAGCCAAUGACUUGAUGAUUGUUGGACCAGGUGUUUUAGGGCGCUUAGUGGCUGAAAAAUGGAGAGAGGAACACCCCGGGUGUCAAAUUUUUGGGCAGACAGUUACUUCAGAUCACCAUGCCGAAUUGAUUGAAAUGGGGAUCAAGCCAUCAGUGAAAGGGACACAAGUGUCUCAUAAAUUUCCUUAUGUUAUAUUUUGUGCUCCUCCAUCUCAGACUUCAGACUAUGCUGGUGAUAUCAGGGAAGCUGCAUCUAACUGGAGUGGGGAAGGUUCAUUUCUUUUUACUUCAAGCUCUGCUCCCUAUGACUGCAAUGACAAUGGAUCAUGUGAUGAGGAUAGCCCUGCAGUUCCAAUUGGAAGGAGCCCCAGGACAGAUGUUCUUCUCAAAGCUGAGAAAGUGGUGCUGGAAGCCGGUGGCUGUGUUGUUAGAUUAGCUGGACUCUACAAAGCAGAUAGAGGUGCACAUGUCUAUUGGUUGAGCAAAGGGACUUCUGACGUACGUCCAGAUCACAUCCUCAAUCUUAUACACUAUGAGGAUGCAGCGUCACUUUCUGUUGUCAUCUUGAAGAAGAAACUUCGCAGUCGUAUCUUUUUGGGCUGUGACAAUCAUCCCUUAUCCAGGCGGGAAGUGAUGGAUUUGGUAGAAAGAAGUGGAAAGUUCAGCAAAAAAUUUCAGGGCUUCACAGGAACCAGCGAUCCUUUAGGGAAGAAAUUAAAUAAUUCAAAAACUCGUGCAGAAUUAGGAUGGGAACCAAAAUAUCCCAGCUUUGCCCAAUUCCUUGGGGUCUCCUGACGACCGCGUUCUGUCUCUUAUUGAUCUUUGGGAUACUGUUGGCACAGGCCUGAGGAAAUUGAUGAUUGAUUAUAGAAAAAGUGAUGCUCUUUUGGUGGUUUUAGUAUAUUUUAUUUGGAACAUUUCAGCAUGUUUGCAGGUAUAUAUAUGUCUAUAAAUAUUUGACAGAAAGAGUUGUAUUGAGAUCAAGUUGUUUGUUCUCAUUUAUCUUUACCACAGAAACUCGUAUGUGGAAACCAUAUCUAAAAUUUGACAUCAACAGACUUGAAUUUGUUCAAUGAGGAAUAAAAUCAACGAAUGCAGUUCUACAGUGUUA